UAACCAUUACAAGAGCCUUGCUCUCAUUGGCUCUCCCUCGUCACUACUAGCACCAAAAACACUUACCUUUCUAUUGAACCAGACUUCAAAGCUCAAUCACACACAGAGACAUGGAUCUUAAUGACCGCAACAAAGUAUGGGAAAUCAAACCCCUGAAAAAGGUUGGAGAAGAAAAUGCAAAUAAAGUUCUCGAAAAGGUAGCAAAACAAGUACAACCCAUCAUGACAAAACGCCAAUGGAAAGACAAAGUCCUGUCUGAAUUCUGUCCUCUAAACCCAGCUCUUAUGGGGUUGAAUAUAGGAGGAGGUGCAGAGGUCAAUUUGAGAUUGAGGAGGAGAAAUAACGAGUGGCCCUCAUGAUUCUGAUUUUUACAACCUUCUUGAUGAAAUUAGAAAGGAAAUUAAUUUUCUUGUCUUGGAAUGUGAGGAACUGAUGGCUAAAGGAAUAACUGGAACCGGGCAAGGAUUUGGUCUUCCUGGGAGACGGUUGGGUCUCCGGUCAACCCCCACUGUCUGUCAUCAUUACGCCCAUCUGCUCUGGCUGCCGCAGAGAACAGAGCACGACGUGAUACUCUCUUGCCAUCAGGUCCUAAACGUGAAGGUGGUGACAACAAUAUUAAGGCUGCGCUCAGCCCAAUACAAGUUGCUGCCAUGGCUGCUGAAACUGCUGAAAAGAGAUUACACGAUGACUUGUGGUGUGGUUCCAAGUCUUCAGAUAGUGCCACUUCUAUCGAAGGAAAUGUUGGACGUCCGGUAGGCUCAAGUACUUCCGUGAGUUCCGAAGGCAUAUCUGCCCAAACUUCACCCAUGACAUCCAUGAGUGGUCAGGAAUCAAUAGGUGACCAUCUAACAUGGCAGUGUAAUAACCGUACUCUAUUGAAUCAGCCAAUGGCGCUGAUAUGUGAAGCCUGUGGGACCCAAAUACAUAAAGAUGUUGCCAAGUUCAAGGCUGCUGCUAUCAGAAGAGCUAUGAACUGGGAUCUUUUGCAACUAUUCACAGCCUGUUCCUGGUUGGCUGAUCAAUAUCUUUUGGCGACCAUUGCCAGUGCCAACCAUGCAUGGGCAUGGGAUGGACCAAGAUUCAGUGGAACUUGUUGAAGGAUUCCCCUUUUUACAGGGUCGCAAUGUAAUCAUGGUUACUUCUGUCAUUUCUUACACGGACCCCGGAUUUAAAGGUGAUUGAUAGGGUUUGUGUCUUCGGCUUGUGGGGCUAACAUGUCUCAAAGAAAAAAGUUGGGCGAUAUGGAUAUAGUAGUUAUGGCUCCAAAAAGAUAACCGUCAUUCUCAACAGUUUCAGCAAUCCUAGACGAUGAAUGCAUGGAUCAUACAGGUGAAGUGUCGUGUAAAGGGUAGUUUGUGUUAAUUAACCUUUGAUUGAAAGUAUGUUGCUGAUAAUUAAGAACUAAACAGCAAUUAUCAUAGUGAUCAGACCAACAUAGAGUUCGGCCCAUUUUGUCCGGAUUAUCGGGUUGUUAUGCCGAUGACUGGCUUCCUGGAUAAAUUUCAGUUACCAUUUCUUUCU